UAAGCUCACUAAAAAAAACAAAUUAAAAAACUGAAAUUAAACCAAUCGAUAAACAAAAUCAAAACUCGUUUAUCAAAAUCGAAGUAAAUUCAAUUUUGGUCAAAGCAAAAUCGAAAGUGUUAGGACUUCAAAACAUUCCUUAGUGAAAAUUUACAACAAAAGCACUGCUAAACAAAUUGAAUAAUUGCGAACACUUUCAAUCACAAUAAAAUCAAAAGAAAGCAUUUAAUUAAGUUACUAUCGAAUUGCCAUCUGCAAAAUGACGAAAGCUACAGCAAACGAAAUCAAAAGCAAAAACGUUCAAAAAGCGUACGAAAUGCGCACAAAACAGAGAAGUGAGUUGAAAAAUUACUGGACACCCUCCCGGUGUGCCAAGAUUUCAAUAGAUCUAUGUGCAGUCGGUUAAAUUGUAGAUUCGUUCAUUUAACUGAAGAUGACAAGGUUGAAGUAUGUGAUCAACGUGUGGCUGUAUGUCGCGAUCAUGCCAACGGUCAAUGCAGACGUAAGCAAUGUAAAUAUUAUCAUAUACCGAUCGUGUUGCCGCCGGCGAAUGUUAUGGCUGCCAUCAUUAAUACGAACAAUAACAACAAUAAUAACAAUAACAGCAUGCAUAGCAACAGCAGCAGCAGCAUUAGCAGCAAUGCAAGCAGCCAUGGCAGCAGUAACAACAACAGCAACAACAACCACAACCAGAACAAUCAAUUGCAUACAAUCUCACAGCAGCAGCAACAGCAACAACAAAAGCAAGCACAUGAACAGUAUCAGCAGCAUGCCAAGUCAGCAGCAGCAGCGACAGCGACAGCAACGACUGGCAUUGCCACCAACUACAAUAAUAAUUUGAUAAUAAUCGAACCGCAGCAACAUCAUCUUCACCAGCAACAACAACACUACAAUUAUCUACACAACAACAAUUACACGACCACACACUACAGCCCGAGUAACAGCAGCAGCAGCAGCAGCUCCGCAAACAACAACAAUAACAAGCACGUCACGCAUACGAUCUACCAACAACAACCAGCCACUUUCCAUCUACCACACUUCACCUGCCAUUCGCCCUACUCACCAUCCUCAGCAUCGUCAUCGUCAUCCUGCUCCAUUGCCACCUCCCCGACAGCGUUCACAUCGGCGACCGCAACACUGCCGACCACCUCCACGGUGACCGUGCCCACUGCUAUUGCCACCAUGCCAGCAGCACAGCCACCACCACCACGUGCUACUGCCUAUCUGAAGGCGGCGCCGUCACAUCUCACCGCCUAUGCCAGCAGCGGCGCUUAUGAAUUGACCACAGGCGCGCCCACAUUGUUGCUCAGUAGCGAUUACAAUUCAAAUUGCAUUCCAAUUUUGGCAGCGCAUCAACAGCAACAACAACCACAAUCACCGUUGGCCACAGCAGCAUCGUAUAUUUAUCCGGCGCAUCAUCAGCAGCAUAGCGCCGCCGCGGCGCAACAACAUUUAAUGAAAUAUGCCGCAGCCGCGGCACAGGCGGCACAACAUCAAUUUCAUUAUGCCACCGCGCCACAAAUACUCACCGCCGCGGCGCCGCAACAUAUGCUAGCGACAGCGGUGACAUCAGCCGCUACCGCGCCGCAUACGCAUGUUUUGAGUGGCGUGGCAACCACAACAACGCCGCUCGUGGUGGCCACAACAACGGCGACUGGCGCGGCGGUAAGCGCACCGGUGCUUGGUGGUUGCAUAUGAAAUGCGCCAUGUGGCAGUAGCAGCAACUGCGCGUACCAGCAGCGGCAACAGCAACAACCAGUAGCACUACAAUAUCAGUGGCAACAUCAACAACAGCAAUUCAUUUACAUGGGCAAUAAUGGCGGCGUUUAAGCGCGCGCGACACUUUGCACUCAACGCGCUGCGCCUGUCUCCACGCGCGCGCGGUACUACAUGAGCAAGCGCACGGCGCGGUAUAGCACAGACGUUGUGCGCGGCGUAAGUUGUCAACAACAUUUCCAAUUCACACUCGAAUAUUUUUAGCAAUAAGCACCACAUAUUCGCAUACCUAGUUAUAAUAUGUUUAUGCAUGUCUGACAGACAGCUAAAAUUGGUUGUCAGCCGCGCCGCUAUGCAGGUGUUAGUGAGCGGCUGUGUUUUUGUUAAUUCAAUUUUGCUUUAUUUCUAAUUAGUUUUUACGCACUCAGUUUGUUAAAUAUGUAAUGUUUACUGUUUUAUUUUGUUAUUUGAAAAAAAAAAAAAUUCAAAAAUAUUCUCAUUGUAACUUGUUUGUAUAGACUUAUAAGUAUCAAUUAGCAAUUAACGAUUACCGAUUGUCUAUUACCCAUCACCAAGUAAUUUAUGUAGUAUAUACUCGUAUGUAUAUAAUCUAGUAUAUAAUUUUGUGUGUUGCAAGUUAAAACAAAACGGAUCAUAAAUAAGAUACACGAAAUACUCAUUACCAGCAAUAGUUUACUGUUAUUUUCUUUACAAUGUUGUUACUUUAAAUUAUUCGUAUAUUUUUUUAGUGAUCACUGGCGGGUUAACGCUUUAGUGUUUCAAACCGUAAAAAAGUGGCAUAAAAAUCGAAAGAGUCAGUUUAGAGUCAUUUGGCUCCAUAUAAAUGUAAUUGUGGGGUUAAACUUUACGCUCAAAAAAAGUUGAUAAUAAAAAACUUCAAGUUGCAGUGCUUUCCAGAGAGUUAAUAUCUUUAUUUUUUCAAAGAAAGAAUAGAAAUAGAAGCAAUACCGGCAGUUAUAAGUUGUACAAUAAUCUACUUGGAUUUAGUGAGUGACCAAGCAUCAAGUUGAGCAAAAAUUUUAAUAUUAAUUUCUGGAGAAAUAGAGUGAAUUCAGCUUGUGGUGACUGCUCCGGGGGAGUGAAGAAAGUAGUAAUAGAGAAGAAAUAUGAGGUAGAUACAUAUAUAACAAUAGCCUAAGAAAAAGCUCUCGAAAGAAAGUUUCUGUCUACUCUCUCACUACUAUGUAGAACUUCGCACGUGUUAUUAACGACAUAAGAAAAAGACUGAAGUUAAUACCUACUAUCGAGUUAUAAGUGCUUAGCUGGAGUAAAUUUUAUAGAAUAUCGCAAGCUUUUGAUAACCGUUUCACUCAAAUGCCAUCAAUUUACUCUCCUCCACGAACAUUUAUUUUCUAUUAAAAUGAGGAAAGCAAAUAGGCUGGCAACUCCAUAAACAAUUAUUGCUAUGAGAAUCUUCGAAAAUUAUAAAGUAUGAAUAUAUAAAUAACAGGCAUUGAAAGCCUUAAGAAUUUAUGAACAAACUGAUGCGGAGUUGUAGUCUAAGGUUACACAGUUUUAUAGAAAGGUGAUUGCCCUCAGAGUUUUGAGUUUUAGGAAACCAACGCUAAUGUGACGCAAACAAAACAGCUGAUAGCUCGAACUCUUCAAGAGCAUAACACUGCUGAGAUUUAUUAAACUAUCGGCGAGUGAAAUAAAUCACUUUAAGGAGUGGCCACAGAUCACAAAACUAAAAGUUUGGAAUUUUUUUUUAUAAAAAAAUGUUUGUAAACAUUUUUAUUAAUUAAUUCUAAAAAAAUUUUGUUAUUAUUUUAUUUAUUUUUUAUAAUUUAUUUAUUUUUUUGUAAUCAUUUACGUUUUUUACGUUUUUUAAUGUUUUUUUUUUUAUUUAUUUUUAUAUUAUUUAUUUUUUGUAUUACUUUUGUAGUAUUUAUACUACUUCAUUUUUUAAUUUUUUUUCUUAUUAAUUUUGGUUCCUUUAUAUUUUCGUAACAGAAACUGUAUUCGAUUUCCUCAUUCACCUAACCUCAACACACACAUGUACACACUAGAACAACUUUCAACUUAUCACAAUAAAUGAGGCAACAAUUAAAGGUUGAUGAACUAUUUACAAAAAUAUUGAAAACAAAAAAUAGCAAAUAGUUUUAAACUAACAACUACAACAUUUAGCAGUGAAUAAAAGUAAUAAUAAAAUAUUAAAAUAAUAAAAAUAAUAAUCGUGUAAUUUUAUAAAGUGCAGUAGAACUUGAAUGAGUUCUGAGUGGAACUACACUUAAAAAACUACGAAAAAAUUAAAAGUAAAAUAAAAAAUAAUAUUAUAUAUACACUUUAAUAUACAUGAGGUUGUAGGGGUAAGAUUGAACAUUAAAAAAAUAAUAAUUAAUAAAUAAAUAAACACUUUAAUAAUUUAAUUAAAGAAAAAGUAAAUUUACUACAUUAAGCAACUCUACAAACACUAAACAAAAUACACUUGAAAAACAUAGCAUUACAAUAGUUUAGAUAUUACACAUUUAACAUUUUUGAACGGUAACAUUAGUGUAGUUGUAGUUUACGAAAGUUACGAAAACGAAAGUUACAUAAAUGCCCAUCUGCGAGGAGAUCGGCAGAUGUACAGUGGCAGUGCUCAGAGCGCGAUUUGAAGCGAGAGGCGGGCUGUGUAUAAAGAAACUGUUUUUUUGAUGUGUAUUCAACAACGGUAAAGCAUUAAAUAAAAUUUUACUGAACUUAGUUAUGCAAUUUUAACUCUAGUGUUCCAUUUUUUCAGCAAAUGAAAUAUAAAAAAAAUAAGAAUAAAUAAAAACACGACCACAAUAACAAUACUAAAAAAAUAUUUAUAUAUGUUUGUACAUACGAUACAUACACACAUAAGUAAAACAGAACUCUUUCACAGUAAAAGUUUUGAAAGAACAUAACCUAAAACUUAAACAAUAGAAACAAAAACAAAAUCACAUUUUAAACACUACACUUAAAGAAAACCUACAAAAUUCUGGACAAAAAGACGAUAGCUUAAGAAAAACGUUAAAAAUACAAAAACCGAAUUAAAUAGAAACUGAAAUUCAAAAACCAAGAACCAAAAACCGUUAACUAACAAAAAAUUAAUUUUAAUAGCAAAUGAUUUACAUAAAGAAAAUAAGCUAAAAAUGAAAUCAUUUGCGAUAAGCAAACCAGUACAGUCACGUCCUAUUUUUGCAACAACGACUAAUUACUAGACAAAACAAAAAAUAAACCAAAAGCAUAAAACAACAAUUACAACAAUAGCGGUAUCAUUUAUUAAACUAAACGUUUAAAAUUGCUGCUACACUGAGCAAAACAAUAUAGUGUGUAUUGGAAUUAAGAAAAAUUUAAAUUCUUUUUUACAAUUUGUAGAACCAACUUGACGUUAAUAACGGCAAUGAAGAAAAGCAAUUGCAGUUAAAAUAAAUUAAUUAUAUAUCCAAUUACCAUAAAAAAUUCAAAACAAAAUAUAUAAAAUAUUUUUUAUAAUAAAAUAAAAUUGUUAAAGUAGCAGUCAAUAACACAUUUAGCGAAAUGCCGUUAACUGGUGGCAUAAAAAUCAAACCCAUGGAAUUAGUUUGAGAAAAGUUUUGAAAUUUUUUUUAUUCUUUUAUUACAAUAAAAGCGACAAAUCAGCGAAUAAAUUUUAGAAAGUGUGCGCCCAAUUAAAAAUUAAUUUUUCUUAUAUUUCAUUUCAACGAAAAACUGAAAUUAUUUAUAAAAGAAUUAUUAUUUGGAUACUGCGUAGAGUUAAAUAACAGUUUUUUUUUUAAUGCCGAUAUUGGAAUAUUAUUUUAUUUUAAUUAUAAGUUUAAAUUUUUUUUUUUUCAAAGAUACAAUUAUGAGUAUUUUAUAUAGUUUAACAAUUAUAGUUAAAUUGUUUUAUAAAAAAAAUAUAUUUUAAUAAAAAAAGGUUUUUAAAUUUUUUUUUUCAUUUUAUUUAAAUACUUUUUAUUAAAUAUUUCAUUUAUAAUAACUAUAAAUUUUAAAUAUUUAUUAUUUAGUAUUUAAUUAAAAUACUACAUAAAUACUACAAAGUUUUUCACUUUUUGUAAUAAAUUUAAAAAUUAAAAUUAAAAAAAAAAUUAUAAAAACUAAUGCCAAAUUUUUCAGAUUUGUUGAAAUUUUGUUAUGAAUAAUUUUUUCCUUUUUAUUGAAAAGUUAUUGACUCUAAAAUUAAAAACAUAAACUCACAUAUGUAAGAUUGAAUGUUUUCAAAACAAAAACAGUUAAUUAUUUCAGAUAUUUAUUUAAAAGUAUACUUUUUUAAAAACUGCAAAACAUCUCAAAUAUUUCAGACAAAAACAACUAAAUUUCAAUUUUUCACACAAUAAAAAGGAACUAAUCAACACAAUAACUGAAGAGGCACACUUAAUAUUAAUUGCAAUAACAUUAAAAGUUAAAUAAACAAAAAAAACAA